UAUAGAAAAGUUAUUAGGUAUCAUAAAAUCUUAUUAAAAUGAAUAUUUACUGAAAAAAAAUAUUUUUGAUAUAAAAUUUAUUAGUUAUUACUAUAUUAUGAAAAUUUUCCAAAAAUAUAAAUCCGUAUAUAGAAAAUCAUCAUUAUUAUAUUUAAGAAAUCUUACCAAAAACAUAAAUCUAAAUAUAGUAAAUUUUACACGUCACAAUUAGAUUUAUACCAUGUCAUAUUUCUUUUAAUCCAUGACCUUUUAAUUUUGCAUUAUCUAAUUUUUGAUAAAAAUAAUUGAAAUUUAUAAAGUUACUUUAUUAUAUUAUUAUUUAUUAAAUUACCAUUUUUAAAUAUGUCUAUUUGUAAAUAUAUAAAUUAUUUCUAAUAAUAUAUAAAUUAAAUAAAAAUAACUUAUAUACGUUGAUAAAAUAUAUUUUAAACUACACUUAUUUUAAUAAUAAAAAUAUGAUUCAUAUAUUGAUGUAAAAUUUUAAUAUUCGUAAUUAUUAUUUAUAUAUAAAAACAUAUUAUUUUAAUUGAUAUAGAAAAGUUAUUAGGUAUCAUAAAAUCUUACCAAAAUGAAUAUUUACUGAGAAAAAAUAUUUUUGAUAUAAAAUUUAUUAGUUAUUACUAUAUUAUGAAAAUUUUCCAAAAAUAUAAAUCCGUAUAUAGAAAAUCAUCAUUAUUAUAUUUAAGAAAUCUUACCAAAAACAUAAAUCUAAAUAUAGUAAAUUUUACAUAUCACAAUUAGAUUUAUGCCAUGUCAUAUUUCUUUUAAGCCAUGUCAUUAUUUUUUUGUGAAAGUUAAUGUAGUGAUAACACAUAUACAAAUCAAUUCUCAAAUAUAGUCUAGGAGAUAUUCAAACUUGUGUAGUUUUACUUUUUUACGGAAUGUCCAAGAAAGGAAUAAUCAGUCCAUUUAAAAGGAAGACUUUUGCGUAUUUACAUAAGUAGUAAAAAUGGUAAUUCAGAAGAUAACCCAUUAUGGAAAACUUCUAAAUAAAGAAUCGAAUCAAUACUAAUAGACUAGUAUAAGGAGAGGAAGAUGCAUGCAAACAAUCUAUCUCUGUCUGCAUAAUUCGUUUUCUUUGUCACAACAUCAAAUAUGGGAGGCACAAAACGUAAAAUAAAGAUUGAGGAGAUCGAAAAGAAGACAGUGAAAUCGGUGGCUUUCACGAAACGACGUAACGGUCUCUUCCGCAAAGCUGCUGAGCUCUGUCUUCUCUCUUCCUCUGCUCAAAUCGCAAUCUUAGCGACUCCUCCUUCUACCAAUUCUCACGCUGCUUUCUAUUCCUUUGGACAUUCCUCUGUCGACCACGUUGUUUCCUCUCUGCUCAACGAUACGUGUCCUCUUCCGACAGAACAAGAGAACAAGUCAGGAUUAGGGUUUUGGUGGGAAGACGAAGGCUUUGAAAGAUCGGAGAACAUAGAUGAACUGAAAGAAGCUACUGAUGCGGUUUCUAGGAUGUUGAACAAUUUGAGGCUACGAUUAGAUGCUUUGAAGAGUAAUCAAAGUGGUGGUGCUUUAGUGAUCCAUCAAGAGGAGGUUCUUCAGAUUUGUGACACCGAGACAAACAACAACGAAGAGAUGACGAAUCAAAUUACUAGACUUGAAGGAGCUUCUGGAAGUUUGGUAGAGAAUGUGGAGGAUAGUCUGCCUAAUGAUGGGUUUUUUGGUGAUGUCAAGAUUGAUACACUUUAAUUAGAUAUUGCUAUUUUAUUCAACAUGUCUCGUUUAGGUUUAUACACUGCAAGAAAUAUCGGCACUAGUAGCGUCGAAAAUACGCCGUGACAGCCGCAGCUAUAAUAGACCCCCUCCCUAUCAUAGCGUUUUUUCGUGUGCUAUCUUAAAUAGAGAUGUUAUAGCGUUAAUCAUGAGUUAUACGAUAGUCAUUUAUAGCAUUUGAUUUGUGAUAUUAUGUAGUUUUCUAUGGCUUUUUAUUAGUGUUGUAAAAUAUUUUAUAAUAACAUAAAUAUAAUGCUAUAAUUUAAAAUAAAAUACUUAAAUUUAAUUAAUUAAUACUGAUUAAUUAAUUAAAUUUUAUUACUUUUAAAAAAUAAUUUAAAAUUAAAUGCAAAAAUUAAUUCUUAAUUAAAAAAAAAAUAUUUAUUAAUUAAAAUUAAAUUACAAAAAAAAUGUAACACUAAACCAGAAUUAAAAAAUUAAAUACACCAGAACACAUUAAACCAAAACUAAUUAAAACACAUUAAACCAAACCUAAUUAACCAAAACCUAACUAACAAAACCUAAACCUAAGCCCCACAUAUCAGCUGCGCCUUAGUCUCCGUCGCCACAGCGCUUCAACGUCACCAUCAUUCAGUCACAUACCACUUCUUCUAAACCGACGCCUCAACCGGCUCUGGAUGCUAUGGCUGAAGAAAGGAUUCAAUAUGGUGUUGGAGCCACCGUUCGAUCUGCUUGUCGCGCCUCCUUUUCCUCUGCCAAAUCUUCU